UCUCACUCCCCUUCUCCCCUUCCCCUCUUGUCAACACAGCUACCUGGACGACAUCUCUACGUCUUGGGUUCCUUUUUAUUCGGUUUACCCUGGCCUUCCAAGGCAAGAACAAAUGAUCCCUAACGUUUUGGAGUAUCGUUCUCCCUAAGUGACCUCAUCGACCCUCAUCCCUAUCUCCCCGGCAUUGAGCGCCAUACCCAAUUGUCUUCAAUAGUUGUCUCGACAGCAUGCCUCCGCCGCCCCCGCCCCCGCCGCCACCCGGCGCGAUGGGUGGUCCUCCUCCUCCUCCCCCGCCAGCCAUGUUACCAAAUAGACCGCCCAAAUCGGAGGUGAAAGAUCGGGGCGCGCUCCUGUCAGAUAUCAACAAGGGCGCCCGGCUGAAGAAGGCCGUUACCAACGACAGGUCGGCACCACAGGUCUCGGGGGGAGUGAAAUCGGGCGGUGCGCCUCCCGUUGCAAGUGCCCCGCCUGUUCCAGGAAUGAAGAAGCCCCCCACCGCACAAGCACCGCCAAUUCCAGGAGCAGCGAGCCGAGGACGGAGUGAUAGCGGAGCAGGAGCAGGAGGUGACAGCGCACCGGGAGCUCCUCCGCAGCUUGCUGGGAUUCUUGCUGGCGGGAUGCCCAAGUUGCGCAGUCGAGGAGGUGUCGAUACCGGUGCAAACCGUGACUCGCCAUACAAGUCGGAAAAUGAUAGCUCUGGGCCCCCAGUUGCCUCAGCUCCAAAGCCUCCAGGCGUUCGUCCUCCUCCACGCCCGGUUUCGGCAGGCUCUCCACCUGCUCCGGUGAACCCGCUGGUCGCGAAUCUCAGGAAACCUCCGCCGAGGCCGGGCUCUCGACCGUCGUCAACUAUCUCAACUGCGUCGGCAAAGUCAGCCCCCGAUGUUCCACCACCUCGCGCGCCUCCGCCAGUGCCUGGUUCCGGGAGAGCACCCCCUCCACCUAUAUUCUCCAAAAAACCCUCUGCUCCGGCCCCACCACCUCCCUCCGCCAGUCCGUCGGCGCCACCCCCUCCUCCGCCUGCGGCGUCAGCCCCCCGAGCUCCUCCUCCUCCAGCGCCUGCGCGAUCUACUCCGCCGCCCCCGCCUCCAUCAUCAGCCCCGUUGCCGCCUAAUGGGACAUCCGCUGCUUCGAUAGCCGUACAAGCAGCGAGGAACGCCCUUGGCCAUCACACCCCGUCCGCUCCCCCUCCACCCCCACCAGCAGCGUCGGCGCCCGCUGCACCUCCGCCACCUCCUCCUAGUCAGCCGUCUCAGCCUCCACCUUCCUUCGACACUCCCGCCAGUUCCCACCCCAGUCGUUCCCCUCUGGACUCCAGUGCUUUCACCCUCACGAACGGCGGGCCGUCGCUGGGAUCGAGUCCUCUGGGUCCAGGUGCGCACGGAGCUAUUCGGGUAGAUGACAAUCGAUUUAAAUUCCAACCCGAGGGGCUUCUUCCCAAGCCUCGGCCUUUCGUUGGGGGCGCUCGACGGUAUCGCGCUGGGCGGGGGAGCAGUGUGCCGUUGGAUCUGAGGGCUUUGACUGGUUGAAGCAAAUGUGCAAAGUAGCAGGCAGUAGUAGCGAAUCAAUAUAUUCCAUAAAUUGUAUCAUG